UGGGAAUAACGUUAAAAAUAAUUAUUUAUCUUGUUCUUUUGAAAGCAAUGAACUUUUUAUAACGAUUACUUGGAAAAACUUGUUAAAAGAGUUAACAAAAAACAAAAAGCAAACAAAAAAACAAAAUUUGAUUAAUAGUAGUAUAGAGAGAAUCGUGAUUUAUAUUUUUCAUGAAUUGUGGAUUUUUAUACAGAUCACUGUGUUAAUGAUAAUUUUUGGUGUGUGAUAAAUUUUUGCUUUUACUCUUAAGAGUGUAAACAUUUUGUUGCAUAAAAAAAAAAAAAAAAACAAAAACAAAACAAAAGACUUAACAUACAAACUCGUUAUAGUGCAGAUCAGACUCGCUCUCUCAAGAUGACUUCCCACAUGAGAUAUGUUUUCAUGACAAUGUUUAUACAAAUUGUUGUCUUUCAUGUGACGGCACAGGAUCCACCUACAACGCUGCAGGAAUUUGCCCCACAUGUCUCCGCAACUUGUAAAGCAGGCACGAUGAAUAUUAAAGUGAAAUUUGAUGGCGCCUAUACCGGGGCGGUACACGCUCGGGAUUAUCGUACCUCAUCUUGUAUGGCCAUGGGCGACGGUUCAGAUGCAAUUGCUUUCAGUCUCAACUUGUUAGCAAAACAAGGUUCGACAGAUUAUUGCGGCGUCUUAGUUAGUAAUGUGAGUGGAAAUAACCGCUCCGAGGAACGAUCCAUUCAGUUAGCCGUACGAGUGCACAAAACGCUGGAAUUGGCUGAUGAUAAAUUUUAUGUAAUCACCUGCGGGAAAUCUGGUUUUGGUCGGGAUGACAAUGCUCAUGUCAUAUUAAAAUUCUUGGAGGAUGAAAGACGUGUUCGAGAAACAGUACAGGGACGUGAGUACAGAAUUCGUGCUGAGUUUACUAAACCAAACGGAACGCAUGGUAUACGUGUUGGCAAUUGUUUUGCUUUUGAUAGGAAAAAUUUGAGUAUACCUCUCAUCGAUGAAAGAGGAUGUCCGACCGAUCCUAACAUAAUUACACGUUUUAUUCCCGCUUCCGAGGGGAACUAUGCUGAAGCAUUAUUAUUUUCUAUGUUUCGAUUCCCUGACGAGUCCGAAGUGCAUUUGCAAUGUGAUGUAAUACAGUGUAAUGGUCGUUGUAUAGACGACGAAGAUUGCAGUCAAAUUGCUUUAGCUGGUGCGGGUGGUUUUACCAAAGGCUCCGGCGGACGGAAAGUCGGUCCAAAUGAAGAAGGUUCUAGCAUUGCGGGGACUACGGUAUUCGUAGUUGAUCCGGAAAAAGCUCCACUAAUUUCUGGCAACUGUGAGGAUGGUGUACGACCGGCUUGGCUAUUAUGGUUAACUAUUACCUUGGGUGUAUUGUUCCUUAUAAUGUUAUUAAUGAACAUAUUCUUAUGCACGGCUAUGAGCUGUAGUUGCGCCAAUACUGAGAUUAUUGAAAAGGACCCUUCGGUUGUGGAGGAAUAUGACCCUUACAGAAGUUGGCACGGCAGUCAAUAUGGUUCCCGUUAUUCUCUGCAUGGUCGCGAUGCCCAUAAAGGAUAUACCAGCGGUGGCUCGACUAUACACUCAAAUAGGUCGAUACCAAUUGACAACGAUCAUUACGCCAUUGUACACUCACGUUCCGGCUCAAGACAUUCCGGUGUACAAGGAGGCCGUGCACGGGGAACAAGCAGUAAUAAUAUGUAAUUUUUAAUUUAAAAAAAAAAAUCCUGUGUCACUUCAUAAGGAAUACGGUAGGAAGAAUGUAAAUAUAUAAAAAAAUAAAUUUAAAAUAUAUAAUAAUAUAAUAAUGAUAAUAAUAAUAAAAUAUUCAGUUUUAAGUAAAAUAAGCUAAGAUAAAAAUAUGUGUUCAAACUAAUCGACUUAAUUGUAUUAAAAAAAAAAAAAAAAAAAAAAAAAAAAAAAAAACGAAAAGCUUAACGAAAACUUAAGAAAACUGCCCUUCAUUUUACCUCCAUUGCAACGGCUUUUCAUAACUUUAACUAACGUGAAAUAAUUACGGUAGUAGUAACACAGAAAUUUGGUUGAAUAGCUAGUCGUGUAAAGGGCUACGGGAACCAUAAACAACAAAAAUCGGUUUUGACUAAUCUACCUUAGCAGACAAUGAAUUUUUAACACGUCUCCCAACACAGUCGCCAAACUCAUAACUAACUAAGAUGAACCCAUCGACCACACUCGUGUCCCCAUGAGCCUUACAUUCCUUUAAUCAAUGUCAUAUCCUCCUAAACCCUCACCCAUAUCCAUAAGGCAUAUUGUCUAUUUUCGCAAUUUUCUAAAUCUCAGACGUGAUCAUAGAACACGAAAUUUUAUAUAAAUGUUCUUCAUCUGACUGAAAGGAAGGACGUGAACCGCCAUCUAGGGAUAUAAUUAUGUGCGAUAGAUCAUCCUUUAAUUACAAUUGGUGUUCAGUGAUGAACGCACGGUUAGCGAAGACAUAAGUUAUGCCGAUCGGACAUCCACAUACGGGGAAGCGACCACUCACUAUCUUUGUACCUCUCUCCCUCUACGUCUUCUCAACCCCC